AGAAUGACCAACAGUCUCAGUCAGUGCUUCAACGAAUCUAGAACGUAACAGUUGUUGGAUACGCGACAAGCAUCAUCUUGCGGUACAACGAUUUUUUCAAUUAAUUAGUUCGCGAUUAACUGUUUACUUUAAAGAAAACUUUUUGUUAUUAUAUAUAUUAUUUUUAAAAUUUCCUCGGAAUUUCUCUCUAUCUCUCUGCCAAUUGGAAGAACGCUUGAACUUGGUCCACUCACGAUAUUAUCGUCUACCAUGAAAAAUUUUCCUUUUUUGCUGUCUGUAACCGCAAUAACUGCGAUCUUUAGCUUUGUUCUGAUCGACAGAAGCACAGCUAUAAUUCCCGAACCUAAAGCACCAAAUUUUCAAUAUUUCGAACGGCCGAGAUAUCGUUACCCGUAUUACGAUGAGAACGGUAAAGGAAAGCUGUUGUACGGUUACGGCGGGCCGGAAUUGUAUCAAUAUAAAACGUUCAGUCUUCUUGAAGGAAUUUAUUAAUAUAAUUUAUUAAUAUACUUAU